AAAACUACCAUUUCCGGAUUCUCAGCCUCAGUCUUUCAUUUCGAGAGUUGUUACAACGCCGUUAGCAUCAAAUAUGGGGACUCGUUCUAUUUCCAAGAAAAAGAAGUUUGUAGGAGAUGGAGUUUUUAAAGCUGAACUUAACGAGUUCCUCACUCGUGAGCUCGCAGAAGAUGGAUAUUCUGGUGUUGAGGUUCGUGUAACUCCAACUCGUACAGAGAUCAUCCUAUUAGCCACACAUACGCAGAGCGUUUUGGGAGAGAAGGGACGAAGAAUCAGAGAAUUAACUUCUGUGGUACAGAAACGUUUUAAUUUUAAGGAACCACAAAAUGUUGAAUUGUAUGCUGAAAAAGUAGCACAGCGUGGUCUGUGCGCUAUUGCACAAGCUGAGUCUCUUCGUUAUAAGUUGAUUGGUGGACUUGCUGUGCGAAGAGCAUGUUAUGGUGUUCUUCGGUUUAUCAUGGAAUCAGGAGCAAGAGGAUGUGAAGUAGUUGUUAGUGGUAAACUACGUGGUCAGAGAGCUAAAUCAAUGAAAUUUGUUGACGGUUUAAUGAUUCAUUCAGGAGAACCAACCAACAACUAUGUAAACACAGCAACCCGUCAUGUUCUUCUUCGUCAAGGAGUAUUAGGUAUUAAAGUGAAAAUCAUGUUACCAUGGGAUCCUGUUGGUAAACUUGGUCCAAAAGAUCCUCUUCCAGAUUAUGUAUCAAUAGCGGAACCGAAAGAAGAAGUACGUCCAUUACAACCAUCUUCUGAAGUUAAAGCUCCGAAAGAUAUACCUCAGCCAGCACCACUUGUAUAAUUAACAACUACACUAAAAUAAAAAUGGCUUAAAAUAAGAAA